UGCCCGCCGGACCCUGCCGCCUGCGUUUCCUUUCGGUUUCUUCAAACCCUUCUGGCCGCCCCCUCGAUGAAGGCUCGGGGCGCGGCGCUGCGCGGGGGCGCGGGGCGGGACAGCUCCGCCUCCGGGGGUUUCCCUGCCGCGGGCGGCCGGGGGACCGCGAGGCCCGGGCGGUACUGACCGCGCCGAGGUCCGUUCGAGGCGGUGGCUACGCCAGCAGGGAGGGCCACCCCCUCGCGCCCCCAACGCCGCCGGGCCGCGGCGCCCACGGCCGCCGUCUCCUGCCGGAUCUCCGGCGGAGCGGGGAAGGAAAACCGGCCCGGGAUGGUCCGCUUCGGGAUCCCGUCUGGGAGGCAGGCAGGGCGAGGCGGCUGCGUCACCCCGAAAGUCAACCGAGACCCCGAGAUGUGGCGGCGCGGGGGACCCCCUGCCCGCGCGCUCCUCCUAAUCGUGCUGCUAGCGCGGCUGACUGUGCCAGCCGACGGCAACCAGGGCGGCACGGCAGGAAGCUGUUCCUGUGAUAGAUCAUUUCCUUCGGCCUCCCCACCAAAGGCUGAAUACGUGGAACAAUUCCGAAAAGUACUGACAAACUACACGCGCUGUCCACAUUUCAUCAGGUUCCAGCUCCGUGUCCGGAGUGUGUGUGGGCACAGCAGAGACCCCUGGGUUCGGAAACUGAUGAGAUGCUUUGAUCACAAAGAAUGUGGAAGUCAGCCCCCCCAGCAGCAUUUACCUCCCUCCAGCACCCAGGCUCUUGAGCCUCCAGAGCGGACACCUUCAGACAUGAGCACCCCAUUCCAGCCGUACCUGCCAUCCAUCCUGCAGUCUUCCCAGCAGCCCACCCUUCCAGCAGGAGCACCAUCCUUGGACAAAGGGCUCACUUUUCCCAAAAAAACCGAAACCACCAUUCCCACUGUGGGUCCCAGUCUGAGUGCUGGGCUUGAGGCUGGGGAAAACCAGAAGCAGCUGGAUAAAAAAUUGGAUCCUACAGCUGGAUCAUCAGUCAUGGUGCCAGUGCUGUCCCUCCUGGCUAUCAUCUUCAUCCUCACUGGAGCUCUACUCUACGUGGUGUGCAGGAGGAGGCAGCAGUACUUUCCAGAUUUGCAGCUCCAUUACACACCUGUGGCAUCAGACUUCCAACAUGUCAAUCAACCUCUCACAAGAAAAGAAGUUCCGUGAGAGCAGAGACUAUGAUUUAUUCAGCACUGUGUAUUUAAUGUACUAGAACAAUCUCUGGCACAUGGUAGGCAAGCCGCUACUCUCUCUUAGAUUCCUCUUUUUUUUUUUUUAAUGCUAUAAUGUAAAAUCCCCCUUUUAUGCCAGGUAAUGGUAUCACACAUAAAUCCUAUUUUUUUUUUUAACUACUAAAAUUUUAUUUUUAUAAUUAUCGACUCUUCUUUCUGCAGACAUUGGGCUCAGGUCUUUGCCCCCUACCAUGAUUCCUGGCUUCAGCUUCCCUGCUGAUGGUUCCCCCUUACCCCAAAUCUCUCCUCACACUGUGUCAGCUGUUCCUCCCCAACCUCAGCCCUCUCCCCCUUCCUCCCCAGGCCCUCCAGUGAAGAGCUGGGAUUUCCAACCCUCCUUCCCUUGCUGCUGAGCUGCUGACACCAUACAGUCUGGUUUCACUUCCUCAGACUUUCGCAUCACUCAUAUGCCCCAAUGACAGUCUGAUCUCCUUGUUUUUGUUAUUAUUUUUAAUUAUUAAAACCCUUAGUUGUUGUUUCAUCUUUCCUAA